CGCCUGCGCAGUGCGCCGCCGAGGUGGGCCCGGGCGGUGCGGCCGGAGACAUGGGAGCGGCGGCGGCCGAAGCAGACCGGACCCUGUUCGUGGGUAACCUGGACCCGCGGGUCACCGAGGAGCUCGUCUUCGAGCUCUUCCACCAGGCAGGUCCAGUAAUUAAAGUUAAAAUCCCUAAGGAUAGAGAUGGUAAACCCAAGCAAUUUGCAUUUGUGAAUUUCAAACACGAAGAAUCUGUCCCUUAUGGAAUGAGUCUGCUUAACGGGAUCAAACUUUUUGGAAGGCCUAUCAAAAUUCAGUUCCGAUCAGGGAGUAGUCAUGCAUCUCAGGAUGGCAAUUCAUCUCAUUCCCCACAUGGAGCCACUAACACGAGCCCAUCCAGCACACCACAUUCAACACCAAAUACUAACAGCAGAUAUGAUAGGAGCCCAGAUAACAUGCUAACAACUUCUGGACAGAGGUCUUUCUCAUCUCCUGAUAACCUUCAGAGACAAGCAGUGAUGAAUAACGUUAUAUGGCAGCAGUCGCAAUAUACUGGGAAGUAUGGAUCUCAGCAUUCAGAUCAGUCUAGUUUUGCCGCCUCAAGCUACCAGCAGAGUCAUUCAUACAAUCAGUCUUCAGGCUCACAAAUGCAGUGGCGUUCAGACCCCGCGGCACUGCGCAAGAACCGGGCCAACUCCCAUCCUUAUCACACGGACAGCAGGCACUUGAACCGUGAGCAGCGAUUUGGAGACCGUGGAUCUGAACACCAUUACAGAGGCAAUAGGGACGAGUACAGCUACGAAGAUAGGAGUUAUGACCCGGGAUCUGAGCAUCACUACCGAGGAAACAGAGAUGAGUAUGGCUGUGAAGAAAGGAGUCGUGAUGGCUGGAGCAGCGAUUAUGAUAACAGAAGAGAGAGCUACAGAGAUGGCAAAUGGCGCCCAUCUCGGCACUAGCAAAUAUUCAGUAUGCUUUAAGGGACUCGAUCUAGGGAAAAUCAGGCUCUCCAGGUCUGAUUGUUUUUAACUGAAAACAAGGAUAGAGGAACAUCACUGGUUACCUUUUUUAAAGUUUGCAGUUACUUCCAGCGUAAUGAGAAAAAAAGUAUUUUAAUUAUCAUAUUAACCUUUUACCUCAGGGUUUUAUGAAAAGAAAUGUGCCACAAGUUUAAAAAAGAAUCAUUGUAGUUUGAUAGAAGUGAACUGUACAGCUGGGUUGUAUUAUAAAGAAAAUCUGUUUGUAUUUUUGUAGUGCAGUUAAAAAGGGUAGUCUAUGCAGCUGGUGUAGUAGUACUUCCUUUAAAUUCCAUGUAGUCUGACAAACCGUGGCACUUUAAAUAUUGAAGACAGUGUUUUGAUACUGAGACAUUGCUUUAUAAUAUUCAUUGUAUUGGAGCAUCGCAUUCAAAGAAAUGCCCUGUAAAACUUGUGGUUAAAACACUCAUUUUAAUAUGUAUUUAAGGACUUUAAUUAUCCCACUUGUGCUUCUUCUGAUGUAUUUUUGUUCGAACCCUUCCUCUGCAGUAGCUUGAAAUUUCUGUUGACAAAACUAGCUUUAUGGAUUUGAAACCUCUCAGGAAAUGGUUGCAUCCCCUUGAGUGAUUUUUUUUUUUUUCUCUCCAACAUUUUAAAACGUGCGUGUACAUUCAAGCUUUUGUUACACAGUACACAUCUUUGUUAAUGAUGUACAGAUCCUGAAAAACUUAUUCUGAUGUAUGCUCCUAAUUUUUGUGGACUAUUAAUCGAAUUACCAAUUCAGGUGCUAAAUAAAUGUGGUCUGAUUAACCUGAAAAAAA